AUGUGGGAUGAUUCAUAUCCAUGUUCAAGAUUAUUUGUUUGCACGGCUAUACUUUGUUGGGAUUCUCAAUUUUCAAACAUUUCUUUUUUCAACAUAACAAAUUGCACUCCGUCACCACUCUACAUCCAGUGGAAUCUUCGAUUAACACCCAAAAAUCGUCUUUAUUCGCCUAUUUCAAAAUCAAAUGGAUUCGUCUGUUCAGAUUGUUCAGCACAGCGAGACUUUUUUCGAUACGAGUCAAGUACACUAGCACAAUGUCAACAAAGAUCAACGAAAAUCGAAUUAAAAAACUAUUGUCUCUAUUCGUAUGGAUAUCAAAAACGUUCUUGUCAAUGCUUACCAGCGAAUUAUACGAUCCAACCAACUAGAGACUGGCUGAAAGCUUUAGUCGAGCCUGGCAAAAGUCACUUGAAUAUCGAUCGAGUUAAUCGGAUUAACAAAUCUGCACCAAUAUCCUCGUAUUUUCUUUCUGGUUUCAUCUUUCUAUUCAUACUAAUCGGUGGUGUUACCGGACUUGUUGUUUACUGGAUACGGGCCAAGGUUAUUGGCAAAAAACCACCUGCUUAG